AUGGUUCUGUCAACUCAGAUUUCCAGGCUGGAUGGCAUCCCACUUGCCGCCUCCGUGGAUGAUGAGCAGCAGGUGGAUGCGUUGUCCGAGGCAAAAUCGCAAGCCAAACUGAUAUCCCGUCAAUUGAAUCGGAACUCAGAACCGCAAGCUACUAUUGAGUGCGGACAAUGCAACCUUCAUUAUAUCAUCAAAGAUGGCGUUUGCUUCCUCUGCAUUGCGGACCGAUCAUACCCUCGCAAACUUGCAUUUAGCUAUCUUGGCGACUUAGCCAACGAAUUCACAACCACAUAUCCAACUUCGCAAUAUCUCUCCACCAAUCUACGUCCAUACGCCUUCGUUGAAUUCGAUAGUUUCAUCAAGCGAACAGUGAAGACGUACCAAGAUAGCCGUGCGCCCCAGAAUUUGGAUAAGCUGAAUGAUGAACUACGAGACGUGACAAAAUACAUGGUUAAGAAUGUCGAAGACCUCCUAUACCGGGGCGACAGCUUGGAGCGGAUGGGCGAGAUGUCUGGGAGAUUGAGGGAUGACAGUCUAAAAUACCGCAAGGCAGCGGUGCGGAUAAACUGGGAUUUGCUUGUAAAACAGUAUGGGCCCUUUGCGGCGGUCGGUUUCGUUAUGCUUAUUUUAAUCUUCUGGCGGUUUCUCUAA